UCAGUGCAGAUGUGGUCUGCGGAGGACAGGGACGCCUUUCCCCGCCUCCCUGUGAGCGCCCACCGCGCGGCCGCUGCCUCAGUUGCGUCCGAGCGCGGGACACGAUGAUGCGGGCGGCGUUGUUGUGCGGCUGCUUCCUCCACCUUUGCCUGUUCGUCCGCGCGCCGCCGGUCCACGAGCGGAGCCCCACGCGGCAGCAGCAGGGGUGGUCUCGCAGCAGCAGCAGUCACACAGGGCUGAAGAAGAAUCAAAGACACAAACAAGACACACUCAUUGAAGAUGAGCACUUCCCGUCAGUCAGAGCAUCCAAGAAUGACACAGAGUUCUGGAAUCGUCCUCGCUGCGGAGUGCCAGACUAUCCCAAGGUUACCCAGCUGGAUGUGUUGCAUCACAGCCUGAAGAGGACAGCGGGAGGCCUGAGGAACCAGCAGCGCAGCAAGCGCUUUGCACUCUAUGGAGGGCGCUGGGAGAAAACUGACCUCAGCUACAAAAUCACGCGGUUUCCGUGGCAGAUGAGGGAGGAAAAGGUUCGAGACAUCUUCCGGGAAGCCUUCGGAGUGUGGAGCGAAGUGACGCCACUGAGGUUCAGAGAGGUCACUGCUGGCAAAGCUGACAUCACCAUCGACUUCAACAGGUACUGGCAUGGCGACAACUUACCAUUUGACGGUCCUGGAGGAAUACUGGCCCAUGCUUUCUUUCCCCGUACACACAGAGAAGGAGAAGUCCACUUUGACUAUGAUGAACAUUGGACAGUGGGGAACAGUGUCGGCACUGAUCUCCUGCAGGUGGCUGCUCACGAGUUUGGCCAUGUCCUGGGCCUUCAGCACUCCCAGGAACCUGAUGCAGUGAUGUGUCCUUUCUACAGUGACUCCUACCCUCUGCAGCUUAGUGAUGACGACAAGAGAGGUAUUCAGUAUUUGUACGGACCGCCUGUGCACAGACCGCCGGAGGUCCCAGAGACCAAUGACAUCAGCUCUGAACUGCCGGAUGCCUGCAGAACCAACUUCGACGCUGUGUCCAUGAUCAGAGGAGAGCUCUUCUUCUUCAAGUCUCAGUACGUUUGGCGUAUCCGUCAUGGACACUUACAAGGGGGCUAUCCAGCCUUGUCUUCACGACACUGGAAAGGUAUUCCUGACUACAUCGAUGCAGCAUACGAGGACAAGUCGGGCAACAUCUGGUUCCUGCAAGGUGACAGCUACUGGGUGUUUGACGCUGAGAGGAAGAUAACUGGACCCGACUCGGUGCAGCGGCUGGGUCUUCCUGUGACAGACAUCCACGCGGCUUUGAAGUGGAAGGAGGAUCACGUGGAGAAAGUUUACUUCUUUAAGUCUUCCUUUUAUUGGAAGUUCAAUGUCCAAGAAAACAGAGUUGAGGACGCCCGUCCUCGCAGCAUGCACGAGUGGCUGGGACUGCCCAGCCACAUUGAUGGAGCCUUUUUGGAUCAAAACGGCUUCGCUAAUUUCCUGAGUGGACGGCACUACUGGAAAGUUGACCCCGUGGCGCUGAAGGUGCUGGAAGGUUACCCCCGCCUAAUCGGCAUGGACUUCUUUCACUGCUCUGCUGCUCUGUAUAAAUGAUUUCAUGCUGAGCACUUUAUUAAUCAGACAGUAUAGCACCAUGAAAACCUCUCAGGCUGUUUUGAGAAUAAUGUAUUUUUUAUUUACAUGCAUCAGAUAGACAUUGGCAGACUCUUCUUAGUCAUUACCUGCUGCUCUAAAUGUUGUUUUUUAAUGUAUACCGGUAUAUACAUUUUAUGUUGUAUUCAUUUUAUUGUAAUUCACUGUCGGCACUCACCCCAUUAGGCCAAAGCGUAAAUCUUUUUACCAUUAUAUUAAUAUGGAACCAGCUAAAAUGGUUGGUGAUAGGGAAUUUACAUAAACUUAUAUUAAAACAUGGUGGGAUAGUGGUUAGCGCUGUUGUAUGUUCUCCCAGUGAAUGUGUGGGUUUUCUCCAGGAACUCCAGUUUCUUCCCAUAGUUCAAAAAAUGUCCUAACUGGUGACUCUAACUUGCUCCUAGGGUUGAACAUGUGUGAGUGUGUGACCCUGCAACAGAUUGGAAAAUAGUUCAGGGUCUAUCUUUUCCCAAGACUAGCUGGUUGGCUCCAGCAAUCCUACGACCCCCAAAAAAGGAGUUCAGCAGGUUUGAAAAAUGGAUGGAUGGAUGAACUACAACUGUGUACCUAUGAAGGCUACUCUAAGGGAAAAAAAGCUCUGGAGGAAUGUUUGUAGGAACUGAUAUAUAGCAUUGCCUGCAAAAAUGCAAGUGUGAUUGCUGUAAGCUGGGGAAGCUGGGGAAGAUGAGAGAGUUAAUAGCUGAAAAUGCUGAAACUGAUAGACAAAAAUGCUGAAGCUGAUAGCUGAAAUGCUGAAGCUGAUAGCUUGACAAAAUAUUAGCUAAAUGCUAAAAAUAGCCAAAUUGGAAAAAUGCUUAAGUUUGCCAAACAGCUAGCAUAAUGCUAAAACUUUAGCUAAACUCCAAAUUUGCCCAAAGAACUCAAAAAAAGUCAAAUUUUGACAAAACAGCUAGCUUAAUAAUAAAAUAUUAGC